AUGGUCCGCAAGCUCAAGCAUCACGAGCAGAAGCUCCUGAAGAAGGUCGACUUUCUCGACUGGAAGCAGGAUGCAUCUCACCGCGAGAUCAAGGUCAUGCACAAGUACCAUAUCCAGGACCGCGACGACUACCACAAGUACAAUAAGCUGUGCGGUUCCUUGCGGUCUUUGAUCCACAAGAUCUCCCUGUUACCCGCCAAUGAUCCCUUCCGCGCACAAAAGGAGGGCGAGAUGCUCAAUAAGCUUUACGAUAUUGGCAUUCUCGACGUCGGCUCAAAGCCCUCUGAUAUCGAGAACAAGGUUACCGUUAGCAGCGUCGCACGUCGUCGUCUCGCCGUCGUCAUUACGCGUCUCAAGCUCGCAGAGAGCGUUAGCGAUGCCGUUCGUACCAUCGAACAAGGGCAUAUCCGCGUUGGACCCACUCCUAUUACAGACCCAGCAAUGCUCAUCACUCGUCGCCUGGAGGAUCACAUCACAUGGGUCAACACUAGCGCACGCAAGCGCACCAUCAUGAAGUACAAUGACGAGCUCGACGACUUUGACCUUCUCUAG